UUGGCUUUCCAAGAUGUAGGUGCAUGCGUUGCCUUAGUCUCAGUGCGAGUGUACUUCAAAAAGUGCCCUUUCACUGUAAAGAACCUUGCCGUGUUUCCCGACACGGUACCCAUGGACUCGCAGUCGCUAGUGGAAGUGCGCGGUUCUUGUGUCAAUCAUUCCAAGGAGGAAGAGCCACCCAAGAUGUAUUGCAGUACAGAAGGAGAAUGGCUAGUGCCCAUAGGGAAGUGCUUGUGUAAUGCUGGCUAUGAAGAAAGAGGCUUUGCGUGCCAAGUUUGUCGACCUGGGUUCUACAAAGCCUUUCCUGGCAAUGUGAAAUGUGCCAAAUGCCCACCCCAUAGCUCUACAUAUGAAGAUGGGUCUCUGAACUGCAGGUGUGAAAAGAAUUUCUUUCGCUCUGAGAAAGACCCUCCAUCCAUGGCUUGCACCAGACCACCAUCUGCUCCAAGAAAUGUUAUCUCUAACAUCAAUGAGACAUCUGUUAUCCUGGACUGGAGCUGGCCUCUUGACACAGGAGGUCGGAAAGAUGUCACUUUCAACAUCAUUUGCAAAAAAUGUGGAGGAAACACCAAGAUGUGUGAGCCGUGUAGUGACAAUGUGCGAUUCUUACCCCGCCAGAUUGGACUCACCAACACAACAGUGACAGUAGUGGACCUUUUGGCACAUACCAAUUACACUUUUGAGAUUGAUGCAGUCAAUGGGGUAUCUGACUUGAGUACACUUUCCAGGCAAUUUGCUGCUGUCAGCAUCACAACUAAUCAGGCUGCUCCAUCCCCUAUCACAGUAAUUAGGAAAGACCGGACAUCCAGGAGCAGCGUGUCUCUGUCUUGGCAAGAACCUGAACAUCCAAAUGGGAUCAUCUUGGACUAUGAGGUCAAAUACUAUGAAAAGGAACAAGAGACAAGCUAUACUAUUCUAAGAGCAAAAGGCACCAACGUUACUAUCAAUGGCCUCAAACCUGAUACCACCUAUGUGUUCCAAAUUCAAGCCCGAACCGCAGCUGGAUAUGGGACAAACAGCCGCAAGUUUGAAUUUGAAACCAGUCCAGAUUCAUUCUCCAUUUCCAGCGAGAAUAGCCAGGUCGUAAUGAUUGCCAUUUCAGCGGCGGUGGCCAUUAUUCUCCUCACCGUUGUGGUGUAUGUCCUGAUUGGGAGAUUCUGUGGAUACAAGAAAUCUAAGCAUGGUACUGAUGAGAAAAGACUACAUUUUGGAAAUGGCCAUUUAAAACUCCCAGGCCUCAGAACUUAUGUAGAUCCACAUACAUAUGAAGAUCCCAAUCAAGCUGUCCAUGAAUUUGCCAAGGAACUAGAUGCUUCUAAUAUAGCCAUUGAUAAAGUUGUUGGAGCAGGGGAAUUUGGGGAAGUGUGCAGUGGACGCCUAAAGCUGCCUUCUAAAAGGGAAAUUUCUGUGGCUAUCAAAACCCUGAAAGUUGGCUACACAGAAAAACAGAGAAGAGAUUUCCUAGGAGAAGCAAGCAUCAUGGGGCAAUUUGACCACCCUAAUAUCAUUCGUCUAGAGGGAGUUGUCACUAAAAGUAAACCAGUUAUGAUUGUUACUGAAUAUAUGGAAAAUGGUUCCUUGGAUAGCUUCCUACGGAAACACGAUGCACAGUUCACAGUCAUCCAGCUAGUAGGCAUGCUUCGAGGGAUCGCAUCUGGCAUGAAAUACUUAUCAGAUAUGGGUUACGUCCAUCGAGAUCUAGCUGCUCGUAAUAUCCUCAUCAAUAGUAACCUCGUAUGCAAAGUCUCAGACUUUGGCCUCUCCCGUGUGUUAGAAGAUGACCCAGAAGCUGCAUACACAACAAGGGGCGGCAAGAUCCCUAUCCGGUGGACGUCACCAGAAGCCAUUGCAUAUCGCAAGUUCACAUCGGCCAGCGACGCGUGGAGCUACGGGAUCGUUCUCUGGGAGGUGAUGUCUUACGGAGAGAGACCAUACUGGGAGAUGUCCAACCAGGAU